UUAUCAGCCGUCUUGAGUAUGUUAAAACAGUUCUGUAUAUGGGCACUAUCCAUCCAGUAAUUUUAAAGAAUUUUGACGUAAAUACUUUAUGUAUAAUAUUUAGGUACAUCUAAUAUGGCUCCCAUCAAAAAUAAGGAAGCAAUAAUACUUGCUAUUGAUAUUGGAAAAAAUUCUUCAUUACAAGAUUUAGAUGGAAAAACUUCUCUUGAAAAGUCUCUAUUUUGUGCAUCUAUGAUUCUAAAAAGAAAAUUGCUUUCUGAAAGUAAAGAUGAUUUAGCUUUAAUAUUAUUUGGUUCAUCUACAACAAACAAUUCAUUCUCAUCACAUGGAAGUUUUUUUCAAAACAUAGAAAUUGUUUGUAAUUUAGGUGUUAUAACUUGGGAUCUACUUCAGUUUAUUAAUAAUAUAUCUUCUACUGAUGUUGAACAUUCUGAUUGGCUCAGUACUCUAGUUGUUGCUACAGAUAUAUUAAAAAAUGAAAAUAAAUCAAAAGUCUUUACUGAUCUACAGAUUGUUAUGUUUUCAAACUGCACUGAUGAUAUCUCACUUGAUCAAAUAGACAGCCUCAUAACUUGUAUCCAACAUUUAAAUAUUCGUUUAACUAUAAUAGGUAAAGACUUUGAUGAUAUUCUUCUCAAUUCAGAGAUAGAAAAGUUUUUAACCGAAACAAAAGCCACUGCUGUUGAUUUUGAAUCUGUUAUACCUCAUUUAAGUCAUUAUAAAUCAAAAGGAGUAUCUCCAAGAGCUUGGAAUAUCCCUUUAGACUUUGGAAAUAUUUUCAGUAUUAAAGUUAUAGGUUAUAAAAAGAUAGAUGAAGUUCCAAAUACAUUUAAGUGGAAAUUGUGUAAGAAUCAUGAUACACCAGAUUCAAUAACUCCAUUGGUAAAACAUACUUCGUAUUACUAUGAAGAAAAUGAUGUCCAAGUAAAUAUUAAUCGUGAUAAUAUAAUAGAUGGAUUUCGUUUUGGUGAUACAAUUAUACCUGUUUCUGAUCUAGAUAUAAAUGCAUUUGGAUAUAAAUCUGGCCCUAAAAGCUUACAAGUAUUAGGGUUUACAAAAGCUAAAAACAUACAAAAAUCAUUUUUAAUGGAUGGAGGAUCAUAUAUUUUUGAACCAAAUGAAGAAGAUUAUGUUGCUUUUAGUGCCAUAUUUAAAGCUAUGAUUGAUAGAGAAAAAAUUAUGAUUGUUAGAAAAGUAUAUAUGUCAAACUGUAUGCCAAACAUAAGUGCAAUGUUUCCUCAAACUGAAGAUGAUAAAAAUUUUUUUGUAUUAGUUAAUCUUCCAUAUGCUGAAGAUGAACAUUUGUUUAAAUUGUCAUCACUGAAAUCAUUUGAACCAAACAAUGAUCAAAAAAAUGCUGUUCGUAAACUGAUAAACGCAAUGGAUUUAAAUAAUGACGAAGAUACAUUGUUCAUGCCAGAAAAUACUUAUAAUCCCGAAUUACAAUUUAUGUAUAAUUGUAUAGCUCAAAAAGCAAUAAAUAAAGAUAAAUUAUUAACAGAUAAUGUACCAAUGUAUAUACAGAGUAUAUUGCAGCCCCCUGAAAAAAUUAUGGAAAACGCUAAACAACCAAUAAGUGAUUUAAAAAAAAUAUUUUCAUUUGGAAACAAAAUUAGUAACAAAAAUGUAAUAAAUGAUAGUGUACCUUUAGAACUUGGAAAUAAUAAAGAAGAAAUAAAGACUAAAAAAAAAUGUGUUAUAACAACAUAUAGUCCUGUAGAAGAUUUUAAUAAACUUUUAGAAGAAGGAAUUGACCCUAAAAUAGUUUGUCAAACUAUGAAGAAGCUGUUGGUGGAUUUGAUUGAAUCUAGUUCUAGUCUAGAGGAGCUUAAAAAAACAGCACCAAUAUUAAGGGCAUUAAGACAAUUCUAUAUUCAUAACAAUGAUGUAUAUUUUUAUAAUACAUGGAUGUAUCAUGUUAAAGAUUCUGUCCUUCUAUCUGGUAAAGGAGAAAUGUGGUCCCAAUUUAUGGAUAGUGGAAUAGGACUGAUUACAAAUUAUGAAGUAAAAAGUAGUGAUGUUUCACUAGAACAAUCUCAAAACUUUAUGAAACAUGAAACAAAUGAUGAAGACAUUAUAAAAGAUUUCAUUAUUGAUGAAGAUGAUCUAACGAAAGAAUUUUUCUAAAUGGAAAAAUAAGUACAAGUAAAUAAUAAAUAACAUACCUAUAUUUAUUUUAGAUAUUUACUUUAAUUCAUACUCUAUAUACAUC